AUGGCUCCCGUCGAUCCAUGUUCCCGUGAGUCGGCAUUCCCGGCCAUGAGGCACCGGCUGGGCGAAUCUGGAUCCCUCCAGCGUCCUAGGAAAGCCAGGCCAGGUAUUGAAACCGGGCGCGCUGCAUCCUAUCAUAUCUAUCCAAAUCGGGACCCUGAAAACCCCCAAGAACAGUCCCCUUUCCCUGAUGUUUCCGAUACUUCGCGUUCCCCUUCCGAUCUCAGAAAGCGCAGCUCUAUGGCUUCAAGCAUGGUCAUGCAUGAUACAACACCAGGCGACCAACCAUGGAACUUGGAACCACAUCAGUUAAUGAAUCCUUCCGAACGGAACACAUCUUCCGAAGGCCUCGACCAUCGGUCUCACAAAAGCAAAUCAAUAAAAUCCAAAGUACACAUCAAGCCAAUUUUACGGAAGAUUUCCCGUGAUGAUGCCCCAGCCUCUAUCGAUUUGUCCCGAUCGUCUACUGAACAAGAGGGGCUGGGCAUUUGCAUGAACUUCGACCGAGAUCGCCAACGCAGCGAGUCCCUGACAGGUGGAAGCUUUAAAAGAACCCCUUCAGGUCUUCACAAUCGAUCCACCAGUGGAACAUCCCAGUUCUCAAACGGCUCAGGCUCGAGUGCGAGCAAGCCUGGAUCACAGUAUGUGCAUCCUAUGCGCCAAACACCCCGAGCGUACACCCCGCCACUGGGUCAGUCCUACCAAGACUCGAGCAAUAGCGAAGAGCUGGAUGAAAGCCCUGAGUCAGAACCCGUAUCGAUCCACGAAACACGUACUGUCUCAGGUCCGGCUCUACCCCGCCUGUCAUUACAGAUUCAAGAUGAUUCUUUCACUCGUCUCCCGGGGGUUUCACAAACCAAUGUGACCAGUCGACCGUCCUUCCAAUACUCACGGGAGACUGAUGGCACUACAUCGCCCAUGUCCCGGACAUCUCUCGACUUCGUUUUCCGAUCCCGAACCCGGACAAGCACAGAUCCGAUCUCUCGUGCAGCCACGGUUCAAGCUGCUCGCCAGGCAUUUGAGGAUAAGGAAGCCGCCAAGAUCCGACGACUAGAAAAACAACAGAUCAAAGCUGAAGAGAGAGGCUCCCGACGACUCCUAAAGCGUAACACGUCAGAAGACCACGAGUCUCCCUUGCAAUCCAGAGAAGCGAUCUUCGAGAAACCCCGAAGAUCCACUGUGGAUGAGAGUGAAGAACAGUCGGUCUCUUGGAAAUCUCAGUCCAAAAGCACAUGGGUACUCUUCAUGACAUGGCUUCGGACUCGAGUUUUUAAGCUGCGACGAAAGAUUCGGAAACUUCAUUGA